CACACCCUCUGUCACUACACAGAUAUAAGUAUAGGUGACUCGGGGGUCAUCAGCACUCCUCACAACCUUCACCAGCAUUCUCCAGCACCGCGUCUCUUCAACCAACAUGAAGAUUCUUUUACUUCUCUUCAUCACCGCCGCUGCCGCCUUACCUAAAGCCGCCGUGGGUUCGGUCCACUAUACCACCUGCUAUAGUGGAUUCAACAAAGGAGGUUCAUUCCAGACCUUCUCCGAUUACGUCCCGGACCUGGGACUAUACAACUUCGACAAUACCAUCUCCAGCGCCACCGUCACCGGCAUCUGGUUUUACUACGAGGAUGAGGACUACAACUUGGCCUCCAGUGGCAGCGUCUACUGGCUCCAUGGCUUCGAUUACUUCAGCAACUUUGACAAUAGCUACGACGACGUGUUCUCAUCGCUGCGGUACGGAGGGAGUCCGGACUGCCUUGGCUGCGACACUUGGACGGUGUACCAGGGCCAGUACUUCACUGGCAGUGAGUUCUAUGGCACCACCGACAGCAACUUCUUCGGCAACCUCCAGGGCCAGGUCUCCGCCAUCCUCCUCACGGGCACCUCCGCCUGGACCUUCUACGACGGACCGUCGUACUCGGGCAGGAGCGUGUGUCUCUACCCUAACACAGUCCACGACGUCAGCUCCAGCGGGGAGGUCCUCAACUUGGGCAUCUACCCAGAUGUGACGCAAGUAGGGAUGUACGACAACAGUAUCCAGUCGGUGCGCAGAGGGUGUUGGUCUGAUGUUGUCUUCAAGGCCCCCGAGGUCCACGCCCAGGGCCAGGCCAAGAACGGUGCCUGGGGAUACUUCCGACCCGAAGCUGGCCAAGAACACUCGGCAGCUGGCCAAGGACACCCGGCAGCUGGCCACAGCCGCCCCGCAGCUCGUCCGCAGAAGGUUUAGGAGAUACAAAUGGUGAUGAUUUGCUGAAAGUGUUGCCAAAAGGAGAGAGAGAGAGAGAGAGAGAGAGAGAGAGAGAGAGAGAGAGAGAGAGAGAGAGAGAGAGAGACGAUUGCAGUUGCAUAACACAUGUUAUGGUGACUCCCGUCAAAUGCUAUCAUCAUCUAAUCUUAUCAUACCACUGUAAAACACCACGAUGAAAGCCAUAUGGUGUUACAAGCUACUUUUUUAACUCUACAAACUUUACCAUUUUACAUAUAUAAAUAGUUGUAUAAUACUGUAUUAUUACUUAUAAAUAAAUAUUUGGUGUAUUC